AUGAGCCGCCCGAACCAGGCGGAGGACUCGGAGCUGCAGGCGGAGCUGCAGGGGGCGCAGAUGAGGCUGAAGAAUGCCCAGCGGAUAACGAGCACCAAGGCCCUGCUGGGGAAGCUUCCCAGCGCAUGUGAUCGGGCCAUGGCGCAGAAGCGCAUGCAGCAGGUGAAGGGCAAGCUGGCAGAGACAAAGCGCGACGAGGCAAAGGAGAUGAAGAAGUUCACGCAGCGCUCUGCAGCCUUGCAGAAGGAAAUCAGCGUGGAUGAAGCCAAAGGCCGCAAGAAGAGUGCAGAAAAGGCAAAGUUCCUGGAAAAAGCGCAAAAUGAGCUUCUCAAAGCAGAGAAUGAGAUCGAGGCUGUGGGGCGGCAGCAGUCCGAGGUGAGUGCGGAGGCGGUGCAGCGCCAAAAUGGCCUCGCGCUGCAGAAGCAGCGGGACGCCCAGGAUUUACGACGUGCCAGCGAGAGGGCCGAGCAGAGACAGAAGCUCGCAGAUGCGGAGAAGCGGCAGAGGCGGCAGGAUCAAGAGCAGCUCCGACAUUGGAAGAAGACGUUCCAUGACGAGGUGGCCAGCGAGUCUCUGUUGGCUUCGAAGAAGCACCGGCUGCAGGAAGAGAUUGGUGAGCUUCGAGCAGACAACGCAGCCGAAGAAAGCCAACUCAAGGACUUGGCCAAGGCAGUGCGGCAAAAGGGCAGCUUGUCGGCGAAAAUGCGGAAGUUCCUCGACAAGGAGCCCGAGUUGGCCCACGCAGUGAAAGAGCGGCUCAACAUCGGCUGA